AUGAUGUUUUUAUGCAUGCUUAAACAGGCAGUGGCACUUCAUGCGUGUGUUAGAGACAGUGAUUGCCUUAAUAGAUCCAGGCCGGAUAUCCACUCGCUGUAUUGUGUUAACUACACCUGCCAAAAGAUCCUUUCACCAGGGAUGCAUUGUCUAAAGCCUACUGAUUGCUCGUCCUACUCGUUCUUUGGGCCACUUGCCUGCACUGAGAAAUGCAAGGUUGAGGAUGAAUGUGAGUAUGAAGAUCCAAAGACACUCGGAUCUAUGUAUUGCUGCAGAAACAUUCCAUUAGGAAAGUCUUGCAAUGUGCAUAGACCAAGGGCACUCAGUGGGUGUGACACUCGCCACUCGUGCUUACUAGGUUCCAAAGGCACAUAUGAAUGUGUUCCAGACAAAUCGAACUCAUGGAUGUUUGGAGUGCUUCUGUCAAUAAGUGGAAACAUUGGAAUCAAUAUCGGUGUUAAUCUACAAAAGAAAUCAUAUAGACACGCAUGCAUUGAGAUUCUCAAUACAAGGUUCCAAACACUUUAUCUUGGAUGCAUAAUGUAUGGAAUAGGCAAGUUCUUUGGAUAUUGCUCGUAUGUGUUUGGGAAUCAGUCGCUGAUUGCAGCACUGAGUGCCACUGGGCUUGUGUCGAACAGCAUCUUUGCACCAAUGAUCAAUAACGAGGUAUUUACAUGGAGGGACUUCUGUGCAAUAUUCUUUGUGUUUGCAGGCACUACGCUUGUUGUUAUGAACACGACAAUCACUCACAAGGUGUACAGCUUGUGUGAGUUGAUAAAAAUGUACAAACGAACAGAAACAUUGGUUUGGUUUGGACUUAUUCUGGUUGUGAUAGUUUAUCUGUUUGCAUUUAUCAAGUAUGUGGAGAUAAACAGCAACUGGGAGCUGCCUGGAGAGCGAAUGAAGUUUCUGAAGAGUAGCUCAGUAUGGUUUGAAGAAGAUGGGUUUGUGAUGAAGUAUGUGAUGGCGCUGGCAUAUGUGUGCCUUUCAUCAUUCAUAGCGUCGUUUACCACACUUUCUGUCAAGAGCCUUGGAGAGAUGAUUGACAAAACAAUUUCUGGAGACAAUCAAUUUGUGUUUUCUACGACAUACUUUUUUAUACUGGUGCUUGGCACAUGUACAUUUUUCCAGAUAUACUGGCUCAACCGAGCAUUAAGGCAUUAUGAUGCUCUGCUUGUCAUUCCAAUGUUUCAUGUAACCUGGACAUUUCUAAGUAUAAUAACAGCGGGAAUAUAUUUCAGGGAAUUUGAGCAGUACACAACCAGUCAGCUGAGAGUCUUUGCCUUUGGAGUGGCAGUUAUUUUUGUCGGAUCAUUCUUCUUGGGCAGUAGAAUCACAAACAAGACAAGAAUAAGAACAAAGAAGACUGCAUUGGAGUAUGAGCAGAUUUCAAAGACUCAAUGA